AUCAUUGUUUUAAAAAGAUAUUGAAUCUUGUCUGUCACUGUGAGAUAGAAUGUUUGAUCGAUGGAAAUGUGAAGAAUUCUCGAGAGACAGCGCCUGCAAGUGUUUUUAGCAGGUACAAAGAAGGACGCUUAGUUGGUUUGAGCAAAGCUACCAAACGCUGGUUUUUAAAACCAACUUCAAACUCUACUCAAGGAAUAGAAGAAUGAUGGCUGGUUCUGUACUGGCAUUGCUCGUGGUCUCUCUUCUUCAUUCAACAAAGUGCUCGUGCUCUGCUUUUUGCCAAAUAAGUCCAAACAUCACCUCAGUAGCAUAUAGUGAGACCAUAGUAAACCACACCAUUGUUGGCCCAAUCAUGUCAUCUAUUACAGCCAAGAAUGAGAGAGAAUGUGAGAUGGAAUGUCACCUGGCUGUACCAGACAUGUGCUACAUGUUCAACUACUAUCUCUCGUCUAAGGUUUGUGAGCUGCUCUACAAGGAUCGUGCUGCAGAGUACAAGGUGAAGAAGAAGAAUGGAUCUAAAGUCAAGACACGAAAGUGUGUUUUAAACCCUUGCCUCAAUGGUGGCCAGUGCUAUACCCUUGGAGACAAAACAAGCAGCAGCUGCAUAUGCAUUCCUAUGUUUCAAGGAUCAAAAUGUGAGCUUUGCAGGACACCUCUUCAUUCAACUAAAACAUACCUUGAUGCCAUUACAAAUUACACUAUCGUUGGACCACUUCUGCAGUCCCUGACAGCCUCAAGCGAGGCAAGCUGUGAGUGCAAAUGUCAAUGGUACGACCAAGAUAUGUGCUACAUGUUCAACUACUAUCCCUCAUCUAAAGUGUGUGAGCUGUUCCACAAGGAUCGUCCAGCAGAAUACAAGAUGGAGAAGAAGGAAGGAAGCACAUUCAAAGCUCCAAAGUGUGAGGCUAAUCCUUGUCUCAAUGGAGGAAAGUGUCUUUCAUUUGCUCAGAACAUGACCGGCAACGAGUACUGUUUCUGCGAAACCAUGUUUAACGGAACCUUAUGCCAAAAUCCAACUUGUACCUUCACUUCGAGUAUCACACCAUACGCUAAUGCCAUACUGAAUUACUCCAUCGUUGGAUCAAUACUUUGGUCUUUCACCGCCACUAACGAGUCAGCCUGUGAGUGCGCUUGCAAUGAAAAAGAUCAAGGUCUGUGCUACUCGUUCAACUACAAUCCUUCGACCAAAUUUUGCGAGCUUCUCUACAAGGACACAGCAGCGAAGUACUCGGUAGUCCAGAAGCCAGGAUCCACUUUUAAGGCUCGAAAGUGCAACUCUAACCCCUGUCUCAAUGAAGGAAAGUGCUUCGUUCUCGGUAACCAAAACAAACAAUCCUGCCUUUGCCAUCCAUUAUUCACGGGGCCUAAAUGUGCAAAACCUAUUUGUAAGACAGACCCAAAUGUUCCUGCAAUUCAGUACACUGCCUCCAUUUCUAAUUAUUCGAUAUCUGGUCCAAUUCUGCGGUCCUUUACAACCAUAAAUGAGAUGGCAUGCGAGUGUACAUGCCAGAUGAUGGCGCAAGGGUUGUGUUACAUGUUCAACUAUAAUCCCUUGUCUAAGAUGUGUAGCCUGCUCUACAACGAUCGUGCAACAGAGUACUCGGUCUCACCACAACCAGGAAUGAUGUUUAAGACACGAAAGUGUGUAUCCAAUCCAUGCUAUACCAUCGGCGGCGAAUGUUACUCUCUUGGAGAUGGCAGCGGCCAAUUCUGUUUGUGCAAACCAAACUUCAAUGGAAAGUACUGUCACAUUGCCGCAAUGGGAAUCCAGGUGAACACGGCCCCUGUUUGUAUUGGUGCAACAGGUGACAAUUUUGGUACAUUCGUCGCUCCAUUCGAUGGCAAGGUCAAAACAUUCAGGCUCGUUCACCUGUCAGGCGGCGUGGCUCACAUCGGUGGGCCCUUGGACUAUGCAGGACUGGGAAACUGGGGCACCAAAGCAUUUUUUUUCCUUCCCUUGCUCAGGACAUUUCCUAUGAAGAUCGAGCUUCACGUCACCGACGAAAACAAUGCAAGAAUCACCCCACCUCUGGGGUAUCCAUUGGACAUGGAUUAUGAUAGGAUGGGGUACGACUUAUCUGGCUACACUAACAUGAGUCCAGAGCUCAUCUUUCCUGAGAUUUCACCACAGAUCACUGUAAAGAAAGGACAGCGAUUCAGAAUUUGGUUUGGCCAGGAUUUGGCAAACAACUUUUACGAUAUCGAUAAUUUGGGAACAACYUGUGCCGACGCGCAUAUUUAUUACACGGAGUAACCUAAUAGGACCAAGUACCAUACAUCAUACAUCACCGAAUUGGAAAUUGUAUUAUAAGUGCUUCACAAAAAUUAAGGAACCCGAUCCAAACGACAUGUUGCAAGUGAAACCUUAAACCACAGCGAAAAUUAACAAAAUCACUUCUCACUCAUGAGAACUAAAUUGAAUCCCCAACAUAGGCAGAAAUAUAUGUGGAACAACACUAGUUACAUUUGGUACACUUGCAACAAUUGAAAUUAAGUCACCCUCAUAUCAUCAGUAGGAGUAGAUUUAAAGGGGGCCCAAAAAUGAACUGUGUGGGAAACCUUACCCUGGCAUAUUUUUUUACUUGUAGGCUAGAAAUCUUAACAGUACAAAGACUACGAUGCUUUCUUCUUUCUCGCUCAUGCUUUAAGUCUUGCGGGCAACUCUUAAUUUUUAAUUAACAAUGAUAAAAGGAAAGGUCCUAACAUUAAGGCUUUGUGCAUGUUUCGAUCAACCUUCAAAUGUUAUCAAUUAACAGAAAUAGUAAAAGCAACCUCUGUAGGAUUAUCCA